GGUUCAAUUAGUGAAGAAAAGCGAUUUUUCGGCAUUUCCAUCUAAUUAAUUUGUUGUUAAUUUAAGCAACUGUUGAACGAGGCUCCAAGAUUUUUUUUGAAUCUCUCCAAUGACCCGCGUUCAGAUAUUAGUUCCCCCACGUGGCCGCUGGCCUCAGUGGCGCUAGUAACCGGAAAAACAAUAGCCACCAAUUUCCGAGUACAUUAGAUCGCUUGCCCAAUUAACGUUAAUUCUUCAUUAUCUCACAUCUGAAGGUUCCAAAAAAAGUUGCUGACUUGUUGGAUGAUUCCUGAUUCACUGCCCCAGCAAUGAACUCAAUCCCCACCUCGCAGAGCACUCGCAUCUACCAAAGACAUUAUUAAGGAUGGAGACAGGAACAGUAGUGAUGACCGGGACUCGAGGAGCACUCAUGACGACGUGCAACGUGCUAUUGAUGGCCUGAAGGAUAUCCCUGACGACGAGCUCCAGGAAUUUCUGGACGACGAGGAUUUCAACAUUGUGGAUACGUGGGAGGGCGACGAGGAACACCCUGACGGCUACACAGGUCAACGUGCUGCCCGGGAUAGGAGAAAUUCUAGGAAUGUAUUUGUAACAGUCGGAUACUCUUGAGUGUUGGUACAUACAACAGCACAGGUUAUUGUAAUGGUUUGCCAAAAUGUCGAUUCUUUUCCUUUCCAAGACUUUUCUUUAUUUCCAUGACAAUGACAAGUGAGUGAAGUUUUUAAUAUUCAUUAUCAAGUAUCAGGCUCAGCCAAAUAGAAACAUUUUACAAUUCCUGUGGAGCAAGUGGGCUUCACCUACAAAUGAAAACCUUUUACAGUUCUUUACUUGAAAGACAAUUGCAGAGGUUGAAGAAUAGCAUUUUGGCACAGGCCAAAAACGAUACGACAAUGGUUCUGAAAGUGUUGGCUUCCCCAAGUACCAUUUUACCCUGAUCUGCAAAAAUGACAAGACAAUACAAUUCAAUGUAACAUUUCAUUCAAUCCAUCAAUGUAUGAGUGAUAACGAGGCUGCUUAUAGGGACAGAAAUAAGCGUGUUCGUCGACGAGGAUCACCGACAAGAGAUCGUAUGGAACGCAUUAGAAGAGAGGAGAGAAGACGUGAGGACACGAGACGGGAUCCAACCAAGAGUUCCAAGGACAUUGAACGCGACAAGAUGCGGACAAAACGGGACACAGACAGUAAAAUUCUAGCUGAGAAAGAGAAAGCAAUCAAACAUCUUUUGGAUUCGGACACCGUUGUGCCACCGGGUACGGAAGUGGAGGCUAUUGAGACCGAGCGUCUCAUAGACAGAGGAAGCAAGAGAAACCGUGAGAGUCGUAGAACACCGGAGAGACACAGGAAUAGUCCUAUCAGACGGAGGAGUCAUUCGAGGAACUGGUACAGCCCUGCUCACCGAGACAGAACUCCCCUGCUUCGCUCUCCUGACACGAGGAAGAGGAGUUUGGAUCGACGCAGGAGUUCGGAACGUAGGAGAAGACCCAGCUGGGAGCGCAGGACUUCCAUCGAUCGAAGAGACAGACGUGGCAGCCCCAGGAGGCGAGUGGAGGGACGUGACCUAAGGCCAAUCCGAAGAAGUAGAUCCCGCGAGCGUCGCAGAACUCGUACUCCAGAUCGUAAAAGAAGAUUGUCACGUUCACCAUUGCGUCGAGGAUCUUCACGUCGUCGAAGCUUCAGUAAAUCACCAGAUCGUCGUAGGAAGCGUUCUCCCUUUAUCAACGAAAUAGCAAGACAGUUCAGAGACAAAGGACUCAUCUCCACUGGUGGAGCUGAUCAAUUCAUGGGACGUUCGCCUUUGAUGAGCACAACACUACAUUCAGGACCACCGGCUGGACAACAUUAUUUGCCGAUGAUGGAUUCUACUAUGGCCAUGGGAAUGAUAGCACCAACGUCUGCACCAUUUAUACCGUUCGACGCUACAAUUCCUCAGCCCAUGGGUUUCGAGCCAGCGCCCAUCCAUCCAACACCAGUUGAAUACAAUGCAGCACCUGUGAUGUACAGUCAAGGAGCUCUAGAACGAUUUGGACAGCUCCCUGUGCCAUCUCCUCAGCCAGUACCUGCACCGAUGAGCGCGGAGCCAACGAGGUACAGCCAGGCGUUGAAAUCUCUCCAACGAUCACCUUCACCACUGAGAGAGUUCUCAGAUGGGCACUAUGAUCGUAAGAGAGACCGGAGUCCUCGCGCUUUGGCAUCUCACAACGGCAGACUAGGCAGAUCUGACAGACUGAAGACACCUGAACCACCUGUUAUCUCGAGUUCCAAACCUUUUGAGAAAACCAGCUUAUCCAGCCUACUGGAAGCGUCGGUCUCAGCCAAAGACUCGGGAUGUCCAGUUUUAUACCCAGGAUUCAAGCCCGAAAUUCUUCGAAACUGCGAAAUGGCCCUGCGGAGCCUACCAGAAGAGGAUCCCCGUCUGAAGAUGUCAGGCAGGUUCUUCUACGAUCCGACAGUGGAAGAGCCUAAAAUCAUCAAGAAAGAGAUGACGUCGAACUCCCUAUUGGUUCAACGUACAAAGAACAAAAUAAUCUGGGAUUACAAGGAAGAAGAGAAAGAGAAACUUCCACCAAAGUUAGACAUGUUCCAGAAAUACACGCAGACAGAGACCUUCACGGAGGAUAAUUUCACUCAGACGAUUAACGAAACGGUGGACUUUUGCUGUCAAGUGUGUCCAGGUGACCUCGAUCCACCGCCUCCAGUAGUCAGAGAGGAGAAACGACCGAUAAUGGACCGUUUGGACUGGAGUAUUCGUGACAAUUACGAUUAUGUUCCCAAAAGAGAAGUGGGAGAUCUUCGUUGGAGCCUGAGUAACUCUAGAGCGUGGAAUUUGGCGUCUCCAUCUCAUCUUGAUCGUGAGGUCAGAACUCGAAGUCCGGAGAGGGGACACGAUCCUCGAGACUCUAGGACUUUUGAUCUGUCACCCAUACGAUCGAGGGACGAAUUCCCUCAUCAAUCAGCCACAGUAUUCAGCUCCAGGGAGAGAGACAGAAGAAUGUCUCCGACUUUCAGAAGAAGUUUGGAACAACAGGAUGAAUACGCCAAUAGGAGCGAUCAGAGUCGGGGGGAAAGUCCAUCGGUUCUGGAUGAAAGCGAUGAUGUUGAGAUUAUUGAGGAUUCCUUUUCCAGGGACAGCUGGAGAGGCAGAGGCAAGUCUUUUGUACAAUCGAAAGCCAGGAGCUCAAGGGGAAAGUUCUCUACUGGCGGGAGAUCGUACAGGGGACGUGGUAGUGGAUUCCGGGGGAAAUUCUAGAAGAUGUGGAGGUUUACUUGGCUAUCAGUCCUCAGGAUGACUAGUUCUUCGUGGAUUACUACGUUGUAACUAGUGCGGAGUAUUAUAAGUUUAACCAACAAUCCGUUUUUUUUGGAAUUCAAAUGGAGUUAGUGGAGUGUAAUUUCUUUCAUUAAUCAGGUAUCAACUGCCGUUUUCGUUGAAUUCUGAAGCCAUCAGUGAAGUAUAAUUAUAGGGGAAUCUCUCUGACAUGCAGGAAAGUACCAUCGUGAGUCUCUCAACUUUGGAUCGAACGAUGGUAUCAAGUUACUGAGAUUCUCCCAAGAAGAACAGCAGCUAGUGAGGGCAAUGGAAGUUCUUUAUAACAAGUCCAACAGCUCAAGCUGUUUAUUCUCCGGGGAAUGUGACAACGGAUUCAGGAGAAAUUCUAGAUGUGGAGAGUUGUCUAGAUGUCAAUUGUGGAGAGGAACUGGUGUAUAUGAAUUACUGCAUUACAACGAGUGCGUUGAGUAUCAUCAAUUUAUCAAGUAAUCGGUUUUUUUUUGCCGACGUUAAUGUCAGCAGUAUAAUCUCCUCCACCAAUUGAAUAAUAUACAUAUUUUUUUGGGAAUUUCUGCUCCCAUCAGUGAAGGAUCUUUGAUACAACAUGACUCUGAAAAGUGAUGAUUUUUGAAUUAUUUUCUUUUUUUUUUGUUAUGUGAAGUGCAAAUAUUUAAGCUUGGAGGUAAUUAAUCAAUAAUUGUUUCUCAUAUUGAGGGCACAUUCACUGGCUUUACGCAAAUGAAUCAUGAGAAUAAUUCGAGAUAAUAGUUCAUAAGAUUUAUGUCUGAUCAUUUACGAAUGAAAAAAAAAAUACCCAGA